AUCUGCUCCCAGUUUCGACCCCUCCGUCCUCCUCUUCCUCCUCCUCCUCUACCUCUCUCCUGCUGCUGACCAUGGCCGGAUCCGUCACCAGCGACAGCUCCGCGGAGCGUGUGGGAUACAUCACCCGCAUCCAGAGCUUCAGCGCCUGCCACCGCCUCCACAGCAUCAACCUGAGUGACGAAGAGAAUAAAAAAGUCUAUGGAAAGUGCAACAACCCUCACGGUCAUGGACACAACUACAAAGUGGAGGUGACGGUGCGGGGAAAGAUUGAUCGUGUCACCGGCAUGGUCAUGAAUCUGACCGACUUAAAGAGAUGCAUUGAGGACGUCAUCAUGACUCCACUGGACCAUAAAAACCUGGACAAGGACGUUCCUUACUUUGCCAGCGUUGUCAGCACCACUGAGAACGUGGCUGUUUACAUUUGGGACAACAUGGUGAAGGCUCUGCUGCCCAACCUACUCCACGAGAUCAAGAUCCACGAGACAGACAAGAACAUUGUCGUGUAUCGAGGAGAAUAGACGUCUGAGUGAAGGCUCUGCUGCCCAACCUACUCCACGAGAUCAAGAUCCACGAGACAGACAAGAACAUUGUCGUGUAUCGAGGAGAAUAGACGUCUGAGUGGAGACCAAAUGUGAUGAUCGUCUACAAGUGCCAUUAAUGACUGCUUGUUGAACAGAUUCCGGUUUGUAAGGCUGAUUCCGGUUUAUUGUGAUGAGUGGUGGAUUAUAGAGAUAAUCUUGCACUUUACACACACUGUAGCAAAUCCAAAUUUGAAGUGUUUUUGUUGAAUUUGUAUUCUUGUUAAAGUGACACAAAGUGCAUUUGUCUACUGGUUGUGACCAAAAAUCAUUUAAUUGCUUGCUUAUUUUUUUUUUAACCCUUUUAAAAAGCUAAAGUAAAUUUCCUCUCAUCUCCCUAUCCUGUUAAUCAUUGUAAACAACUCAUAUUAAUAAAGUGAGCCACAUUAUGGAGAUCGCUGAAUAUCCAACUAUUAAUGAUUCAACAACUAAACUUUUCUGAACAGUAAGUUUAGAUGUAGUAUUCUUCAGCUGGUUAAAAAUAUGAACAGGCACCCCUCUACAAAAUGUCAUGGAAAUCAGUUCAGUAGUUUUUGCCUAAUUCUGCUGACUAACCGUUGUGAGGUCAAACUGACAUUUAGCCACACACUGACAUCUAGUGGAACCAAACUGUACAUGACUCAGGUUAUUGCAUUGAGCCUGGCUGUGAAGCAUUGAUGACCAGUGCUGAAAUGGUUUCUCAUAAUAAAAAUUUAAUAAAUAAAUAUAAUUUAUUUUUUUA